UUCGCUGUGGCCAGGAAGCUGUCUUUGGAGAGCUCUUUCGCUGGCCACAUUAUGGGAAGCUCAUUAUGGAAGAGAUGCUGCUAGUUAAAGUUUACAACUGCAGUAAAGUUUUCAGUAACAGACUGCUUGGUACCUUAGUCAUCAGCCUUCAGCACCUAGUGACAUCUGGACGCCUGACCCUAAGAGAGGCCCUCGUUGACAAGAACCACAGCAUCACUGGGAUCUAUAUCGAGCUAGAUUUGCGCUACCAGCCUCCAGAUGGCUCAGCGGGUACAUGGCUUGAAGAGGAUUUUGUCUACCAGAUGAAAGACAGCUCCGAGUUAAUUAUCCGCAAUGCUGGAUUCGAGGAGCUGCCGCCAGCUGACGUGAAGCGAGCUCAUGAGUUGGAUAAGAAGGCCACGGCACUGGGCAGGAAGCUGGUGAAGGGCCUAGAGACUGACGAGGAGGAGGAGGAGUAUGAUGAUGAGUCUGAUAUGGAGUUCUUGGGCAUCGUCUUCAGCCCUGUCAAGAGCCGUUCCAGACGCCUCUGCAAGUGGGACCUGUUUGCCACUCCUAGACCACAAAGCUUCCAGAUCGGGAUCAAUGUCAUUGAAGCUCAAAAGCUGGUGGGGGUGAACAUUGACCCCUUUGUGGUGGUGAAGGUUGGAGAAGAGAAGAGGCACACGGCUACACAAAAGUCAACGAACUGCCCCUUUUACAAUGAGUAUUUUGUGUUUGAAUUCCAUGAACCAAGGGAAGUUUUAUUUCACAGACUCAUAGAGAUUUCCGUUUUUCAUUCAAAGAAGAUCCCGUUCCUGGGAACACGCAUAGGAACAUUCAAAAUUGAUGCCGAGACUGUGUACAGCCAGCCAGAUCACAGGUUCUUUCAGAAGUGGGCUGUCAUCAAUGACCCAAAGGACACCAGGGCAGGAGUGAAAGGAUUUGUGAAGUGUAACAUUUCUGUCUUUGCACGAGGUGAUAUAAUGGGCUCCCUUCCCACUUCCUCUAGCAGCCAGAAUGAAGACAUUGAAAAGAACUUGCUGCUGCCUAAGAGAGUCCCAGCUGAGAGACCCUGGGCCAAAAUCUGCAUCAAAGUUUACCGAGCCGAGGGCCUGCCCAGCAUGAGUGCUGGGAUCAUGGGAGGGUUCUCAAAGAUUGUGGGCGAGAAGAAAGUUUUCAUUGAUCCAUAUGUGCAGGUGUCAUUUGCCGGGCAACAGGGGGAGACCUCGGUGGAAAAUGACACUGCAGAACCGGAGUGGAACGAGCAGAUCAGCUUCAUCGAGAUGUUCCCUCCUCUUGCCAGAAAAAUAAAAGUCCAACUGUUAGAUGAUGCAAACAUUGGGGAUGUGGCGCUUGCUACACACUUCAUUGACCUGCAGCAGAUAUCUGACCCUGGGAGGAACGGCUUUAACCCCACAUUUGGCCCAUCCUGGGUGAAUCUCUAUGGCUCUCCCCAGAACUCAGCUCUGCGGGAUGUCCACAAGGAUCUGAACGAGGGCCUGGGGGAGGGCAUAUUCUACCGUGGCCGCAUCCUCCUGGCCAUUUCUAUGGAAAUUUUCAGCAGUCCCAGCGCAAUAGAUGGCAAGCGCAAGGAGGUGCUGAGGGGCACCCUGAGCAAACUGACGCUGAAGAAGAAGAAGAGUAAAAAGGCCAAGGAGAAAUCCAAGGCCAGCGCCAAAGAGCAGAGCCAGAGGCAAGGUGGGGACGAGGCUGGCAGCCCCGAGGAGGCAGAGCAGCCCAGCGAAGUCACUGUGGAGGUGGAGGAGCUCCAUCCGCUCCCAGAGAACUCACUGGGAGUGAAGGAAGAAUUCCUCCUCUACGCUGCCUUCUUUGAAGUGACUAUGAUGGACCCCUCCAUAGGCUCCAAGCCUGUCCGUUUUGAGAUCUCAAUAGGGAACUAUGGGAAAGCUGAAGAGGUUGUGACCAAAAUCCCUAAGAAAGGUCAGAAAGGAGAAGGGCCUGAAGACAAGCAGCCUUUGCUGGAUCCCAGUUCAGACGAGGAGCUGGAUAUUGAAGUUAUGGCCCCAAGUCCAACUUUACAGAAUAAAUCCAUGACAGAAAGCCAAAGGCCAGAGCCCACUGAAUACGACAGUUCUUACAGCUGCCUGCCUUUGCUGCAUGAGAAGCCCUGUGUGUACGUCUGGAGCUAUUGGGAAGAUCACACCUGGAGGCUCUACAAUUCCAACUGGAUUGUCAAAAUAGCAGAACGCCUGGAACAUGGACUGGAUGACGUGGAGACGCUCAUGAGGAGGCCAAAGUCUAAAGCAGAAGACAGACUCAAGCAGGUGCUGGAGGAGUUUGUAGCUGGAUGCAGGCAGUAUUCACUGAAUGCUGAGAAGAAAAUGAUGUCACGUCCAAACAACCUCGACAGAUGUCGGCUGAAAUCCCUGACACACAACAUUCCCCAGUGCACGCUCCCCGAUGUCUUACUUUGGAUGUUCAGCAAUAAUAAGCGAGUGGCAUACACAAGAAUUCCUGCACAAAAUGUCCUCUACUCUGUAGUGGAAGAGGAGAAAGGCAAGGACUGUGCAAAGAUCCAGACCGUCUUUUUAAAGGUCCCAGGGUCACGCACCGGAGAGAUCUUUGCGAAACUAGAGAUCUAUAUGUGGCUGGGGGUGACCAAGUAUGUGAAGAACAGCACUGCAGAACUGCCCGAGGAGUUCAAGCCCGUCUAUGAGAGUGGCCAGCAGACAGCACGGCUCCCAUCGCACAUGCCGCCCAGCCGGCUCAGCAGGGACGACUUCAGUUACUUCCAGCUGCGAGCUCACUUGUACCAGGCUCGGGGGAUCCUGCCUGCUGAUGACAAUGGCCUUUCAGACCCAUUUGCAAGAGUGGUGUUUUCGACUCAGUGCCAGACCACCAGGACCUUGGAGGAAACCCUGAGCCCGUUGUGGAAUGAGCUACUUUUAUAUGAUCAGCUGAUUAUUGAUGGGAGGAGAGAGGAUUUGAAGACCGAGACCCCAGUUGUUGUCAUCAAUAUCUUUGACCAUAAUAAAUUUGGUUCUCCAGAAUUUCUUGGCCGGGCCUUUGCUACUCCACAGGUGAAGCUGGUGGAUGAACCAUACUGCAAACCCGCCCUGCAGUUUUUUGACAUUUACAAAGGAGCCAGAGCAGCAGGGGAAUUAAUUGCUACCUUUGAGCUGAUCGAGCUGGAUUACAGCGGCUACUUGGAGCCUUCAGUGCCCAAAGACGUGGAGCCCAAGGAGCCAGACUUCCUGGAGGAUCCCCGUUCUGGACGCUUCAUUAUCCCAGAGGGAAUCCGGCCCAUCCUCAAAGAAUUCCGCAUAGAGAUCCUGUUCUGGGGCCUGCGAGACUUGAAGCGGGUGAACCUGUUUGAGGUAGAUCAGCCCCAGGUGAUCAUCGAAUGUGCUGGGAAGAAAGUGGAAUCGGAAGUGAUCGUGUCAUACAAAGAGAACCCCAACUUCAACGAGCUGGUCAAAUACAUCAACGUGGAGCUCCCGGAGCAGGUGUACCUGCACCCACCCCUAAGUAUCUUUGUGGUGGAGCAGCGAGCUUUUGGGCGCACCGUGCUGGUGGGGACCCACGUGGUGUCCCAUAUCAUGAAAUUCUCUCCCAGAGAGCUGGAGGAGCUGGAGGAGGGGCCAGAAAAUCCGGCCAAAGCACGGAAAGCCUCUGCUCGACCCAACAUCUCCCAGACUGUGAUCAACAUUGGCCUGACUGCUAGCGACAUGGGCAGCAAAGCAAACCCCCUGAAUCUGGUGAAGGCUCCUCUGAAGAAAAUUCCUAUCAAUAAACUCAUAAAGAAAGAGGAUGAGUUUGAGGAGGAAAAGCCAGAGUUGGAAGAACUGGAUUGGUGGUCUAAGUACUAUGAGUCCUUAAAGGAAAUGAGCAAUCAGUGCAAUAGUGACGAGGAGGACGGGGACAAUGACGACCCGAAUGAGGCAGAUGGAGGGAACUUAAAUGUGGACUCUUUUGAUGUGGAAGCGGAAAAUGGAGUGAUAGUUGAAGCUGAGCCAGUGAGGCCCAAAAGGAAACUCAUAGCUACGCUGCAGAUCUACAACUCAGAGCUGGAAAACGAGUUUGAUAAUUUUGAAGACUGGCUGUAUAUCUUUCCGCUUCAUCGGGGGAAGGCGAAUGAGGAUGAGGAUGGAAAUGAGGAUGAGAACUUUGUGGGGAAGUAUAAGGGUUCAUUCUUCGUUUAUCCUGCUGAGGAGGCAGGUACAGAGCACAAGAUCUCACAGGGGGUUCCCAGAAACAGACCCAUCAAGGUGCUUGUCCGAGUUUAUAUUGUUAAGGCAACGAACCUGGCUCCGGCAGACCCCAACGGCAAGGCAGAUCCCUAUGUGGUGGUAACACUUGGGCAAGAGAAGAAGGACACAAAGGACCGCUACAUCCCUAAGCAGCUCAAUCCUGUGUUUGGAGAAGUUAUGGAACUGAGCAUAUCCUUUCCGAUGGAAUCAGAACUCACUGUUUCAAUAUUUGACCACGAUUUGGUUGGGUCUGAUGACCUGAUUGGGGAGACGAAGAUUGACUUGGAGAACCGAUUCUACAGCAAACACCGAGCUAACUGCGGAGUGGCUUCCCAGUAUGACACAGAUGGCUAUAACAUGUGGCGAGAUGCUUUCAAGCCCACACAGAUCUUGGAGAGUUUGUGCAAGAAGAGCUCUCUCCCCUCCGCAGAGUACAGGCGGGAGGAGGUCAAAGUGAACAACAAGAUCUUCAAGGUCCCUCCUGAGGCUUUCCCUGAAGAGGCCUUUGUGAAAGACAAGAGAGAAAUGGACGACGAGACUUGGUCAGCAUAUGAUGAGCAGAAGGCUUUGUAUGUCCUGCAGCACUGGGAUGAGAUGCCAGAGUACGGGCACAAACUGGUCCCGGAGCACGUGGAGAUUCGGGGCCUUUACAACGCAGAGAACCCCGGGCUCGUGCAGGGCUCCCUCCACAUGUGGAUUGACAUGUUUCCAAAUGAUGUCCCAGCACCUCCCCCUGUCAAUAUCAAGCCACGGCUGCCAAUCAGUUACGAGCUGCGUGUCAUCAUCUGGAACACAGACGACGUGGUUCUUGAUGACGUUAAUCCAAUAACAGGAGAAACCUCCAGCGACAUCUACGUGAAAAGCUGGAUCAAAGGUCUGGACCAUGAGAAACAAGAAACAGACGUUCACUUUAACUCCCUGACUGGGGAAGGCAACUUUAACUGGAGGUUUGUGUUCCACUUCGACUACCUCCCUACCGAGAAGGAGAUCUCCUAUAAGAAGAAGGACUCCAUCUUCUCCCUGGAGGAAUCUGAGUUCAGGGAGCCAGCUGUCCUGGUCCUUCAGGUCUGGGAUUAUGACAGGAUUUCAGCGAAUGACUUUCUAGGGUCCAUUGAACUGAAGCUGAACGACAUGGUGCGGGCAGCCAAGAGUUCUGAGCAGUGCACCAUUAAGAUGGCCAAGGAAAAGGCCACCCCCCGCUUCUCCAUCUUCCGGAACAAGCGGAUGAGGGGCUGGUGGCCCUUCAUCAAACUGAAAGACCAGGAAGAUGAGGAGCGAGAGGAGCGAGAGGCCAAGGAGAAGAAGAAGAAGAAGAAGAAGAGGAGGUCGAUUAAGCCGGAAGACAUUGAGUUUACAGACCCCAGUGGGAACAAGUACCUCCUGACGGGUAAAGUGGAAGCUGAGUUCCAGCUACUGACUGUGGAGGAGGCCGAGAAGAGCCCUGUUGGUCUGGGCCGAAAAGAGCCUGAACCCCUGGAAAAGCCCAACCGUCCAAAAACAUCCUUCAACUGGUUUGUGAAUCCCAUGAAAACCUUCAUCUUUUUUAUCUGGAAGCGGUACAAGAAGUACAUCAUUGCUUUGGUCAUUAUUGCUGUGGUGACCAUCUUCCUGGUCCUUUUACUCUACACAAUGCCUGGGUACAUCAGCCAGAAGAUCAUCAAUGGAUAAGUGCAGUCAGAGACUGGGCUCCCCAGAGGACCAUGGCUGUGGCUCCAGAAAUUGACACUUUAUACCAAAGUUUUUAAGGACAGUUUGCCAGUGACUGAAGGUGCUGGGACUCUUUGUAAUGCUUCAUCAGGAGGAAGAGGAGUGGAGAAGCUGCCCUUUCUGGGUAGUUGUAUUUCACGCUUAGAACUUGUGAUACACUGUGAUCGUAGCACUGUGGAGCAGAGCGAUAAUGAUUUGGGUAUUGUUUGGUUUUCGUUAAUUGGGAGGAAUCUGUCCCAGCUGGGGUUGGCUGUGGGGAGAUUUGCAACAAACAUCAGCUCUGUACCUCUCUCCCUUGAGCUAAGCAGAGGAGCUUCUCUGAGAGCCGUGGGAGUAGCGGUGCUGCUUUCGCUGCAUGGCUUCAGUGUAAUAACGCGGAGGCUUUUCACCUGGAGAGCUUAGCGCACUUUACAAGGUGGCUGUCCCCUUUGUACAGGUCAGAGAGUCGGGGCACAUCUACACUAUGGAGACUACAGUGCUAUGGCUGUACAGACACAACCUGUUCCAGCGGACACCGGGGGUUAGGUUAGAGCUGGGUCCGUCAGGGGGUGUUUUGUCACAGCUCUGACUGAUGUAGCCGUGUCAGCCUGGCGGUCAAGUGUAGACCAGGCCUCAGUGGCAGAGCUGGGACCAGCAGAGUGACAAGUAGAGAAACUAGAGAGGAGCUGCAGCAGGCCAGCAAAGUGAGGAGCGGAAAAGAAUGAAGGAGCCAAACUGGUUGUGACCCUCACCAUGACCUGGGUACGGGUGGGGGACAGGCAAAGUCUGAGGCCACUUGUGAGCUGGGAAUUCCCAGCCAGGCGAGUCUCCCCCCCGCCCAGCCCACCCUUCACACUGCUGUUAAACACGCGUCUUCCCACAUAGUCAGGCUGGACUUGAAGCUCUUUUUAAUCCUUGUGUUAGACCUUUACUCCCGCUGGAAUAGAAAACCCCAAAGGAUCUGACCCAUUACCUGGUGCUUCUCUCCACUUGGCAUUUGCUAGGGUUUCCCAGCUGGCUUUCAGAGUCCUGGUCUGUACCCAAACUUAUCUCAGCCUAGUUACAUUGCUCAGGGCUAUGAAAAUGUCCCACCCUGGGUGCUAUUUGGGUUCCCUAACCCCCACUGUAAAUACAAGAAUUCUCCCAUUGACCCUGCUGCCGCCGCACGACGGGGCAGGUUAACUAAUAACCCCCCUUGAGUUGCUGUAAUAAGUGUCUACACUGCAGGGACGCAGUGCAGCUGUGCCUCUGGCGCGUCUGUAGUGUAGCUAUACCUGGAGAGUGUGAGGGCUACUUGUUUGUCUGGUUCAGACUCGAUCCCAGGGCUUCCUUCUCUCUCACACUAACUGAGCGGGGGGAUUAACAGUCACUCCUGUGUUGUGUUUUGCACCAGAUUUGUAGAUAUUUAUAUGGAUGCUAUUUAUAUGAGCAGUGCAAAGUGGCACCAGACUGAGGUAAAUCAACUGUUGAGAAAUAUCCUCAGAGCAGCUUCCACCUCUGUUGCAUUCUUUGCGCUCUGGGUUUUGAUUUUACUGAUACAAGUCAGUAGGGAUACGAUUUUGUCAUGGUAAAAUUAAGCAAAAUUCAUUGA